CUAGGAAUGAGGAAAGAUAAUAACAAAACUAAAAAAUGAAACUCCUCAUUCUCUUUGUCAUCCUCCAUCAUCUCAACUUCAUCAAUGGCUUAAUAAUAUUACCAGAAAACAAAGCUUUACUAAGUAUUAAAUCUGCCAUAACUAAUGAUCCACAAAAAGUUUUCUCAACAUGGAAUACAACAACCCACCACUGUAGUUGGCCAUUCAUCACUUGCUCCUCCUCAUCUUCUGCAGUGAUUUCUCUCGACAUCUCUAACUUAAACCUCGCAGGAAUUCUCUCACCUGAUAUCGGCUCCCUCAUCCACCUACAAAACCUCUCAGUUGCAUCCAACUCUUUCUAUGGCCCAAUACCAUCUUCUCUAUCUCUCCUUACUCAACUCCGCUAUCUCAACCUCUCAUAUAAUGACUUCACCACCUUCCCUUCUACUUUCUCCUCCCUUAAAAACUUAACCAUUCUCGAUGUUUACAACAACAAUCUCACUAGCUCACUACCUUUAUCAAUCGUUGAAAUGUCGGAGAUUCGACAUCUUAACCUUGGUGUGAACCACUUUUAUGGUGAGAUUCCAUCAGAGUACGGUCAAAUGGAAAAUUUAGAGUACCUUGAUUUAUCUGAGAAUGAUCUUGAGGGUAAAAUUCCACCAAAUAUCGGAAACUUAACUACCCUUAAAAAGCUCUACAUUGGGCGCUACAAUAAUAAUAAUUUCUCUGGUGGAAUUCCUCGUGAGCUCGGAAACUUGGUCGAGUUAACUUAUUUUGAUGGUCCUGGUUGCGGGUUAUCAGGUAAAAUUCCACCGGAGUUAGGAAAACUUGAGAAGCUUCAAACAUUGAAUCUUCAAGGGAACAAUCUUUCUGGAGAUCUUCCAUUUGAGUUGGGUUCAUUAAAGAGUUUAAAAGUUAUGGAUUUUACUAGUAAUAUGUUAUCUGGUGUGAUUCCAGAGUCUUUUUCUCUUCUUCAAAACUUAACCGAUUUUAAUCUUGCUGGAAACAAGUUACAUGGGAGUAUACCAGAUCUUAUUGGAGAUUUUUCAGAGUUGAAAACUCUUCAACUAGGGUCGAAUAACUUCACUGGGAAUAUCCCACAUAAUUUAGGUACAAAUGGGAAGUUACAAUAUCUAGAUAUAACUCAUAACAAUUUUACUGGGAAAAUUCCAGUAAGUCUUUGCAAAGGAGAUAAACUCCAAGUUUUGUAUGCAUUUGAUAAUUUAUUGGUUGGGGAAAUUCCAGAGAGUUUAGGAAGUUGCAAGUCACUUGAAAUACUAGGGUUGAAAACGAAUUUCUUAAGUGGGUCAAUUCCUAAGGGAUUGUUUGGCCUUCCAAAUAUAUCUCAGGUUUCGUUGGCUAACAAUUUUCUUAGCGGAGGUUUUGAUGAGAAAAUUGGUGAUUGCGCUAAUCUUUGGCAAAUUAAUCUCUCCGAUAAUGAACUAUCAGGGGAGUUAUCUGCGAGCAUUGGGAAUUGUUCUGGUCUUCAGUACUUGACACUUGACGGGAAUAAGUUUACUGGAAGUAUCCCUCCGGAGAUUAGCAAGUGUAAGAUGCUAAGCUACCUCGAUUUGAACAGGAAUCAGUUCUCUGGUGAGAUACCUUAUGAGAUUAUAGAUACUGGCACUCAGCUCCAAACAUUCUUUCUCCAAUCAAAUAAACUCAACGGAACAAUUCCGACAAACUUCUCAAAGUGUGAUUCAUUGAAGCAUCUAGAUCUGAGUGACAAUCAACUAAAAGGAGUUGUACCUAAGUCAUUGUCCAAUUGUCGAAGUUUGAAACUCCUAAAUCUUGGAAACAACAAGCUUAGGGGUAAAUUUCCCUCAUGGUUAGACAAACUCCCAGAACUCCAAGUUUUCAGUGUGCGUUUUAAUAGCCUCUAUGGUACUAUAACGAGCUCAUCAAAGGUUAGACGUCCAUUUGCACAGCUACAAAUUAUCGACCUAUCUAACAAUAAGUUUUCUGGUAAGUUGCCUGGAAGGUAUAUUAGAAACUUUGCGGCUAUGCACAAUAUCAACGAGUCGUACACUCUUAAGAGUCCAGAAUACAUGGACGACUUAUAUCGUACGUUUUCUAUGGUAUUGACAUUCAAUGGAUUACAAAUAAAAUACGAGAAGCUUAUUACGACGAUGUCGAUUUUUGAUAUAUCCAACAAUAGCUUCAUUGGACAGAUUCCAGAUGCUAUAGGGCGACUACAAUCACUUCGCAACCUCAAUCUUUCGCAUAAUCACUUUUCCGGGAACAUCCCUCCAUCAAUUGGCAACUUGUCUUUGCUCGAUGGUCUAGACCUUUCAUCUAACAUGCUCACUGGUCGUAUCCCUCAAGAAUUGGUCAGUUUAACAUUUCUCGGGGUCUUUAAUCUUUCAAAUAAUCUAUUAGAAGGCCCCAUACCUCAUGGAAAAAACUUUGAUACAUUCUCAGUAAAUUCAUACAAGGGAAAUGUCGGAUUGUGUGGGCAACCAUUACCCAAGUGUGGAGAAAGUCGUCUGAAAAGUACCACAGAUAAUCAAGAUGAUUCUGAAGAUGCUAUAAGAAGUAUUUUACCGAUGUUGGAGAUUGUAGUUAUGGGGUUUGGCAGCGGUUUGCUAAUUGGGUUGGCUUGGGGAUACUAUAUGUUUACAGUAGGAAAGCCCUUUUGGUUUAUCAGGUUGGCUAACAAAAUGGAACUGGUGUUGCUUGAUUUUCUCGACAAGUGCUUUGGUAGGAUUUGUAGAACAAAAGGACAAAAGAAAGAUCAAAAAAGUUGAGUGGAACUUUAAUUUUUUUGUUCCAAAGUUUAGCAAUACUAUAAGUAUCUCAAUUCAUAAUAAAAAAAAUUAGCUUGUUCAAUAUUUGUAUUUUUAUUCUCAAAACUUCCUUGAAUUAUUAUAUAUGGAGUUGAGAGACGCAAGCAUGCAUGGGGUUGUAUUGGCACUUGUUAUAUCUAAAAAGAGCUAGCAGUGUCAUCAAGAUAACAUGAUUGCUGAUAUUGUUGAUGUUUAUUAUUA